GCAUGACGGCUGAAGCUGUCAUUCAGUCAUCGUCCCAAGUCGUGCACUUCCUCAGCUGAGGAUUGUUUUCCAAAACAAUAAAAGUAACACAACAUCUGGAAGGACCAAACUGUAUCGGGAUAGGACCAACUAGGGCGCGAGAGACAGAAUCUAGAAGAGGCUGGUUAUGGAUUCCACACUUUGAGGCUGAUACUUGAAUUUCUUUUUGUUACCCGGAGGUAGAAAGUGCUCUAAAAUGUCUUUUCUCCGGGGCUCCAUGAACUACGUUUGGUGUACCACCAGCGUACUAGGAAAAGGUGCUACAGGUGCAGUAUUCCAGGGAGUCAAUCGAAACAAUGGCGAACCUGUUGCAGUUAAGACUUUCAAUCAGAUGAGCCAUAUGCGACCCAUGGAAGUCCAAAUGCGUGAAUUUGAAGUAAUUAAAAAGGUUAAUCAUGAAAACAUUGUGAAACUUUUGGCUAUCGAGGAUGAUCAAGAGGGACGGGGGAAGGUAAUUGUCAUGGAAUUAUGCACGGGCGGGAGCCUUUUCAAUAUCUUAGAUGACCCAGAAAAUACUUAUGGAUUACCUCAAGAAGAAUUCCUGUUAGUUGUUGAGCACUUAAGUGCUGGAAUGAAACAUUUGCGUGAUAACAACCUCGUCCAUCGCGAUCUAAAGCCAGGAAAUAUAAUGAAGUUUAUUUCGGAAGAUGGCAAAACUGUUUAUAAGUUAACUGAUUUUGGUGCAGCGCGAGAACUAGAAGAUAACCAACCCUUCAUGUCCUUAUACGGAACGGAAGAGUAUUUGCAUCCUGACAUGUACGAACGUGCAGUGUUGCGGAAAUCAGUAACACGAACAUUUACUGCGAAUGUUGAUUUAUGGUCAAUAGGUGUUACCUUAUACCACGUGGCAACGGGAAAUCUACCGUUUCGACCAUAUGGAGGCAGAAAGAAUCGUGAAACUAUGCAUUUAAUUACAACGAAAAAGGCAUCGGGCGUAAUAUCUGGCACUCAAUUGACAGAGAAUGGCCCUAUUGAAUGGUCGCGUGUUCUACCUCCACAUUGUCGUCUCAGCCAGGGGCUGAAAUCACUAGUGACACCCUUGCUUGCCGGCCUACUCGAGGAAAAUCGCGAGAAAAUGUGGUCCUUUGAUAGAUUUUUCCAGGAGGUGACUAAUAUUCUCAGCAAACGAGUUUUACAUAUUUUCUACAUCAAUAGAACUUCGACAGUGGAAAUUUACCUUGAAUCGGAUGACACUUUAUACAAUCUGAGAGAACACAUUCACCUUCAAACUAACGUCGCUCCUGAAAAUCAAAUUUUGCUCUUAUGUAGUGAACAUUUUGAAGAAAAAGUGGGCGUGAAUUCGAAUGCAAAAGGAUACCCUCCAACCGAACGCGAGAACCCAAUUUUCCUGUACAGUCGGGAUAAUAAUAAUGUUUUGCUGCCGCCUGAACUUGAAUUACCGAAAUUUCCUACAUUCCUCAAUGGUGUUUCUGUCGAGAAUGAUGCCAGUCUCGCAAAGGUUGCAUGUAGUGUUGGGCACGAAUGCAAACGGCGAAUUGAAGAUUUUACUAACAUGGAUGUAUUAAUACAGUUGGGAGUUGACAAGUUCACAGAAACAUUGAAAGAGACUCAGAAGAAUUUAAUAUCGAAAACAAACUUCUUCCAAGAUCUUCUUGCAACCGUCUUAGACUUAGUUUCCACUAUUGCAAUAGUUCCAGGAGUGAGUAAAAAUUGUGCUGAAAUCGAAAUCGUGUCUGGAUUAUUGAAAUCACUGAAAGAGGAUUUCACUUCUACCGCUGAGCGGGUGUUACAGUUAUUCAAUCGUUUCGUUAUCGAAGAGUCUCUAAGUCAGGAAUGGAGAGCUGCAAUGCGUGAUAAAUUCCGACCAUCGCAAACGAGGGAUAGUUUCCGUGCCAAAUAUCUGGUAGAAAGACUGCGUGAUUCGUGGCAACAUUUAUUGCGGGAUCGAGCUACACGAACACUAACAUACAAUGAUGAACAAUUUCAUGCGUUGGAAAAAAUUAAAAUUGCAAGCAAUGGAAAACGUAUAAAAUCUCUUCUGACGGACAAUGUUCAACCAAAUUUAGCACAAAUUGCCGAAUGUCUAGCUGACUGGUAUAAGCUAGCUCAGACUGUUUAUGUGCAAACGCAAAUUCUUGAAAAGGAUGUGCGCGAUUGUGAUAGGAAAUUACGUGAUUAUCGUGAACGACUGCUGCAAGUGGUUGAUGACUUAAAGAUGGAUAUUGAAGUGAAGAACACUAACAAUAUGCAAACUUCUAUGAAAGUAGAAUUGCGAAAGAAGAUUUCGACUUUAACGGCAGAAAGACAGGAGUUGAAUGUCAUUUUACAACAAAACCACCAUCUUAUAGAUAUACUCCAGUCUUUGCUCGUUGAGCACGACUCUUGAUGAUUCAUUUUCGUAUUUAAGUAUUAUUAAAUGUACCUACUUUUUUAUUUAAUCGAUAUAUGACCGAAGCGUAAUAGACUUAAUGUAAAAACCAUUCAAAUGGGAAUUAUAUGGUAUAGCUUACCCAAAACAGAAUAAAUGAAAUUUUAAAUUUCA